AAUGGCUAGAUCGUAGCACUAGUAUGAAUAAUCUAAAACCUGCAAACAUUUACUUCAUCUAUUGAAUUAAACAAUUUCGUUUAAAAAAUAAUUCAACCUGACAGUAAACAGGCGGGCAAUAGGCGAUUCAUUGAAAUUUAAAUGAGUAUCCCCCUUGCGGACUCACCCUACCUUUUUUUGGGAAAGACGUACAAAUCGAUGCUUCGCUUUUAUUGAUUUCCGAUAUAUUGUCCUCUUAUGAUGAGUGUGUAGGAAUGAAUUAUCCUGUUUCGCUGCAGUGCACCGUUGACCAUGCAACGGACGGUAUCGAGAGCCGUACAGAGUCCCGUUUGUCUUAUGCAGAGCCAGGCGCAGAUCGUAGACGAUGCUGCGCCGUUACGCUUCGUUGGUCACUGGGAUGAUCGAGGCAUAGCGACCCUAAGCAAUAACGGCCAGUCUGCCGUGCUGAAGCUGACCGAUCGACCUUACCAACCGUUUUUGGUAGGUGGCCCACUCACCGGUGUGUACGUGUUCGAUCAGCUUCAUUUCCAUUGGGGACCGGAUGAUACCGUUGGCUGUGAGCAUCUGCUUGAUGGACGGGCCUACUCGAUGGAGGCACACUUUGUGCACUACAAUGCACGCUACGGUAGCUUCGAUGAAGCAUUAGACAAAGAGGAUGGAUUGGUCGUGGCAGCCAUUUUUAUCGAUGCACACAACAAUGGAACGGACUGGAUACCGCUUCAACCAAUCGUACGCGCGCUAGGGCAGAUUCAACACCCGGGAACCACGGCAUCUGUCCCAUCGGAUUGCUUGCGUUGGUUGACCGGUUUAGUGCUCGAUCGGCAUUACUAUACUUAUCACGGUUCCAUGACUACCUCCCCAUAUCAAGAGUGCGUAACCUGGCUAGUGUACAGUGCACCGGUUUUUAUUUCAUCCCAUCAAGCUGACGCAUUUCGUCGCUUGCUACGUCCCGGUGAUCGUCUCGCACCGAUCACAAGCAAUUUUCGCCCCGUACAGUCACCUUCGAAUGCUUUCGGAUUGGUAUUUGUACGCGAUACCGUAUCUAUGUUGCGAUCGAAGUUGUAAACAGUGUAAUAAAAAACAAAAACAAAAACUAGACAAAACCAUCAUACUUGCGCUGCAUUCCUGUGCUCUCUUAAACAUCAGCUUUGUACGUUUUUUUUUAUUGUCGCUUCAAAUGAAAAUGAAUGUAAACAAGGUUAUGAUGUAUUGUUGCACUUUAUGUAAAAAAAAAGAUAGAUUGAAUAGAUAUAGAAAAAAAAAGAAAUAACAUCCUUGGCUGUUCGACACAUUUCCUCAUUUCCUCAAGCACAGGUAUUUUUAAAAAGUUAACAUUGCUUUCCGCCGCUAAUCAAGAGAAAAGGGUUUUAGGAACAUAGAUCUGUAUUUUUUUCGCUAAUGCGCUAAAUUGUUGAUAUCAAAAAUAAAAGUAAGUUAAAUUCCUGUAACGUGUGUUGAUAACAAUACACCGAAUGUGUAUACGAAGCAAA